AUGUCGGAAGGUGAAGGAACCACUCCAUCUGUUGGUGAAACGACAACACCGUCGUCGGGAGGUGAAGGAACAACAACACCAUUAAGUGAAACAACGACGACGUCAGAAGGCGAAGGAACUACUCCACCUGUUAGUGAAACUACAACACCGUCUGCGGGAGGUGAAGGAACAACAACAUCUUCAGGUGAAGCACCAACGACGACGUCCGAAGGUGAAGAAACCACUCCACCUGUUGGUGAAGAAACAACAACACCUUCAAGUGAAGCUACAACGACAACGUCGGAAGGUGAAGGAACCACUCCAUCUGUUGGUGAAACUACAACACCGUCGUCGGGAGGCGAAGGAACCACUCCAUCUGUUGGUGAAACUACAACGCCGUCGUCGGAAGGCGAAGGAACAACAACACCUUCAAGUGAAGUGACAACGACGACGUCGGAAGGCGAAGGAACCACCCCAUCUGUUGGUGAAGGAACAACAACAUCUUCAGGAGAAGGAACAGCGACGACGUCGGAAGGUGAAGGAACCACUCCAUCUGUUGGUGAAACUACAACACCGUCGUCGGGAGGCGAAGGAACAACAACUCCUUCAAGUGAAGCAACAAUGACGACGUCGGAAAGCGAUGGCACCACUCUAUCUGUUGGUACAACACCGUCUUCGGGAGGUGAAGGAACAACAGCAUUUUCAGGUGAAGCAACAACGACGACGUCUGAAGGCGAAGAAACCACUCCACCUGUUGGUGAAACUACAACAACGUCGUCGGGAGGUGAGGGAACAACAACACCUUCAAGUGAAGCAACAACGACGACGUCCGAAGGUGAAGGAACCACUCCACCUAUUGGUGAAGGUACAACACCGUCUUCGGGAGGUGAAGGAACAACAACACCUUCAAGUGAAGUAACAACGACGACGUCGGAAGGUGAAGGAACAACAGCAUCUUCAGGUGAAGCAACAACGACGACGUCGGAAGGUGAAGGAACAACUCCACCUGUUGGUGAAGCUACAACACCGUCGUCGGGAGGCGAAGGAACCACUCCAUCUGUUGGUGAAACUACAACACCGUCGCCGGGAGGUGAUGGAACAACAACACCUUCAAGUGAAGCAACAACGACGACGUCGGAAGGUGAAGGAACAACUCCAUGUACGACUUCCGAAAGUGAAGGAACCACUCCUCCAACUGGUGAAACUACAACACCGCCUUCGGGAGGUGAAGGAACAACAACACCAUCAAGUGAAACAACGACGACGUCGGAAGGUGAAGGAACUAUUCCACCCAUGGAUGAAACUUCAACGACGUCUUGGGGAGGCGAAGGAACAACAACACCUUCAAGUGAAGCAACAACGACAACGUGA